AUGGCGACAGCAGACUUGCUUGUAUUGGUCUUCAACGUAACUGUCUAUCACGUUUUCAGCUAUCACUUUGCACAUUCGUUCCUCUCCUACACCGCCAUGUGCACGCUCUUCAAUUACCUGAAUUCAAUCAGCCUGUGCAUGUCGGUAUGGUUUACAGUAUUGUUCACAUUUGACCGAUUUGUAGUUAUAUGUUGGGAGAAGUUUAAAGUAAUUUAUUGCAGAGUGAGAACGGCUGCUGUAGUUAUAACGGCCGCCACAGUCCUGAUCUGCUCAGAGAACAUCCCAUUGUUCUUUGCAUACGGACCUGAACGAUUAAUUGACCAUGUUCCCUGGGGCUGUCGUACCAAACUGAGCUUCUUCAUGUCGCCUGCAGGUGAGGCGUACUCCUGGCUGCACAGUGUUUUAGUCCCGUGGCUUCCUUUUGCUCUGAUAUUACUGUUUAAUUGUUUGACAGUCAGGCGUAUUUUAGUAGCCAACAGGUCUCGAAGGGCAGUGCGCGGCUACAGAAGCGAGAGUCAAAGCGACCCAAAGAUGGAGAGCCGCAAGAAAUCCAUCAUUUUACUCUUUGCUGUAUCCGGUAGUUUUAUCCUGCUGUGGCUGACCGCUUCCGUGAGCUUUUUAUCUACCAGAAUAACAAACACAGCACACUACCGAGGUGAUUAUGCAGCUCCUGCAUACCUUGCCACUGAAACCGGAUAUAUGCUCAUGUAUUUGAGUUCCUUCACAAACACUUGCAUUUAUGCAACCACACAAGCUAAAUUCAGGGGAGAGCUGAAGAAAGUGGUUAAAUCUCCUUGGAACUGUAUUCUCUUAUUUGUCAGGCGAAUGGGCAAUUAA